GACCUGGACGCCUCGCAUCUCGUCAUGCCGCCCGCGUUCGUGGAGGAACUCGCGAGGGAUAACUCGUCCGCGCACAACGCGUUCCUGCAGUGCUUCGCGACUGGGGUCCUGGAGGCUGAGAGUAGGACCGGAUUCGGUUUCGCCGGCGGUAUCGGGUCGCUGGACGCGGCGGCGCUCAGCGAGAGCUGCUGCGAGUCUGCUAUGGAUUCCAUCCCGGCUUUCAUGGGAGGAAGGAACGCGACGGCGUGCGAGAUACAGAAGAUGUGCGUCGCGUCUGACAGGGGGCACGAGCUGCUGAAGAAAACGUCUAGGCGGCUCAACAGGCUCCACCCGAAGCACAAGUGGCUGCCGUGGGUGCUGGUGGAGGGCAAACCCGUCUGCACGCACAGCUGCAACCUGCAGAAGGCCAUCCGCCGCGCGGUGUGCGAGCUGCGCGAGGGGACGCUGCCCGACGAUUGCCCCAGGUUCCCGUGGAGCACCAUCUGGUACGACGAGCCCGGCUUGUCGCUCGCCGGCAUCAUCGGCGUGUGCAUCGGGUUCUGCGUGGUGGUGUCGUCCAUUUGCAUCCUCGCGCAGCAGGCGGGGUUCUUCGACGAGAAGAAGAAACCGAAGAGACGGUUAGAGGAGGAGGAGGCGUCGGAGAAGGACCCGUUGAUCCCUCCGGCGGAAAAGGUGUAGAAGGAUGUGGCGUGCAAUGGCAUCGUCGUAGCGAACGCUAGCUCUCUUAAAGUCGCGUUCAUUCUC